UGUUCGAUAAAGUCAAGUUGUCAAAACAAAAGUCAGUCCGCUAAGGCUACGUCAGCCCUUACACAGUUCAAUUUGACGCAUAGGCCAUAGAAUAGUUUAGUAUUCCUGCACUGUAUUGGAAUACCCCCUUGUGAAAAGGUUGGAAGUCGCGAGUCCUGGUUCAUUAUGGGCGAAGAUAAAUAUUCCGUGCUGCUUCCUACAUACAAUGAAAAAGAAAACCUCCCCAUAAUCAUAUGGCUUCUUUGCAAAUAUUUUGACGAAAGUGGCUUUGACUAUGAAAUUAUAGUGAUUGAUGAUGGAUCUCCAGAUGGUACCCUUGAAGUAGCCAAGAAAUUACAAGAUAUAUAUGGAGAAAACAGAAUCGUAUUGCGACCCAGAGCAAAGAAACUAGGCCUUGGAACAGCAUAUAUCCAUGGUAUUAAACAUGCAACAGGUAACUUUGUUAUCAUUAUGGAUGCUGACCUAUCCCAUCAUCCAAAAUUCAUCCCCCAAUUCAUCAAGAAACAGCAAGAAGGCAAUUUUGAUGUGGUGUCAGGAACUCGAUACACUGGAGAUGGAGGAGUGUAUGGAUGGGACCUGAAAAGGAAAAUUAUUAGUCGUGGGGCAAAUUAUGUAACUCAGGUUCUCUUGAGACCAGGUGCCUCUGAUCUUACAGGCUCUUUUAGGUUGUAUCGGAAGGAAGUACUACAGAAACUAGUUGAAUCUUGUGUUAGCAAAGGUUACGUAUUCCAGAUGGAGAUGAUAAUCCGUGCUAGACAGUUUAACUAUACUAUUGGUGAGGUUCCUAUCAGCUUUGUUGACAGGGUCUAUGGUGAAAGCAAACUAGGUGGAUCAGAGAUUGUAGGCUUCAUCAAAGGUCUCCUUUACUUAUUUGCAACCACCUAGACAACUCAAGAUGCAUUGUGAUAACGAAGAUUAAAAUUGUUUAUAUUGUUAAGAGAAUACUUUCAAACCUUUACAAAGAUAGUUUUGUACAGCAUAUUUUGUAAAAGAUGGAUUGAUGUCUAGUUGUCCAGAGUUUAAAUGUCUCGUGAAUAAAAUUAGAGGAACUUUUGUACCGUAAAUCCCAUAUCUUGGUUGGAUGUUUUAAUUUAUUUAUGUACUUGCUAUGUAAUGUGUGUUCACUGUCUUGUGAAUUAAGAGUAGCUACAUUUGCAUCUAAGUUCAGUGUUAAACUAUAAUUGUAAGAACUUCUAUUUGAUACAGUAAUACAAGUUUUUUUAUUUCAUAUUACAUGACAAUAAACCUUU